AUGGAUAAAUUAAAAGAAAAAAUUAAUAAUUUAAAAUUAGAUGCUGAAAAAUGGCAAGAAAAAUCAGAUGAAUUAUCAGAUAAAAUUAAAGAAUUAGAACAAGAAAAUUUAGAAAAAGAUAAUCAAAUUCAAUCAUUAACAAGAAAAAAUCAAGUAUUAGAAGAAGAAGUUGAAAAAUUAGAAAAUUCAGUAAAAGAUUUAAAAUUGACAAGUGAUGAAUCUCAUUCUUUAAAAACUUCAAAUGAUAAUUAUACUAAAAAAAAUCAAAUAUUAGAAGAAGAAUUAGAAGAAAGUGAUAAAAAUUUAAAAUUAACUAAUGAAAAAUUAAGAGAAACUGAUAUAAAAGCUGAACAAUUAGAAAGAAAAGUUACAAGUUUAGAAAGUGAAAAAGAAGAUAUUGAAAAAAAAUAUGAAGAAUUAACUGAAUCUUAUAAUAAUGUUAAAUCUGAAUUAGAUGAAAUUAGUCAACAAUUAGAAGCUAUUUAA